GUAAACAGUGAAGGCUGAAAAAAGAUGAAGAAGAGAAGAUUCUAGCAUGCACUAUCAAAUGAUUAAUAAGAAACGGUAGAAAGUGUUUUCAACCGUCAGAUUCAGUAUAUAUAUAAUGGCGACGAUAAGUGUGAUUUCAUCGACCACAAAAAAAAAAAGUGAAAGCUUUAAAACGAGAGAAAAAGAGAGAGAGACGGCAACAUCGGGAACAUACGUGACGGAGGUUCCAUUAAAAGGAACGGCAGAGAAACACUACCGGAGGUGGAGGAACGAGAAUCACCUCUUCCCUGACGCCAUCGGCCACCACAUCCAAAACGUCACCAUUCACGACGGCGAAUGGGACUCUCACGGGGCCAUCAAGAUUUGGAAUUACACAUGCGAUGGGAAGCAGGAAGUAUUCAAGGAGAGGAGAGAAAUAGACGACGAGAAGAGAACGGUGACGUUUAGAGGACUUGAAGGUCACGUGAUGGAACAGCUAAAGGUGUAUGACGUCAUCUUCGAAUUCAUUCCCAAAUCUGAGGAUGGUUGCGUCUGCAAAAUCACUAUGAUAUGGGAGAAGCGUAGCGAUGAGCUCCCCGAACCAAGCAACUACAUGAAAUUCGUCAAGAGCAUGGCUGCUGACAUGGACGACCAUGUCCUCAAAGCUUAAUCACCAUAACCAUGAUAUGCUAUCAUGAUCCAUUACAUGUAUAUUAAUUAAGAUGUGCUUUUUAAUACAAUAAAUGUGUGGUUCGUGGAAUUUCAUUUCUUUGUAAAAUCAUGCUUUAAUAUGUUGUUAUGGUCAUGAUCGGGUUCGAUAUAUAGAUAUACAUAUGAUUUAAAUAAGAUAAUGAAUAAA